AAAGGUAAUUGAAACCUACCCUAAGCUCCUUUUAUCUCCGCUCCAGAGGUAACCCCGAUUAUUGCUGACUUAAGCAUCGGAGUGUCUACCCCGAGGUCCACCUCGGGUCUUUGCAGGUCAUUCCGGAGUGCAGUUGCGGACUAAGGAAGGACUUCUGGUUUGUUGCAAUUACAUUGGCGCCGUCUGUGGGAAUCGAACUGAAAGCUUUCUAGUUGCUCUUCCAUCAUGGUUCACACUUGAUCAGUCCGAGUUGGUAAUUCAUCUCUGCCUCUUGGGCAAGGUCAACCCCCUAACAACCUUCCACCUCUGAUCCCACCUCAACUCCCAACUCAACUUCCACCUCAGCUUCCACCUCAGGUCCCAAUUAUGUUCCCUCCUAUUGAUCAUGCAGAAGGAGGAGAUGAAAAUCAACCUCAUACCUCAGCUCACAAUUCAACCUCCACUGCCAAUCAAGACAUAGUGACAGCUCAGCUUGUUGCCAUGCAACAGCAGUUCGGUGUUUUUCAAUUGGUACUGGCUCAGCUUUUAGCCAGAAAUAAUCCUGGUGAUCCCCUCAUCAAUUUACUGAAUCUUGCUCAACAACCCCCAGCUCCACAGCCGAAUCCUCAACCGGUUCAUCAUGCUCCCGCUAUUAGCGAAUCUCAGGGCCAAUCCCACAUAGCACCCGCUCCACAACCCAUCCCUGAUGAUGUUACUCGCCGCCUCGAUAGCUUGGAAAAGCUAGUAGCUGAACACCGAGAUGCACCACCCCCACAUCAUGCUGCUGACUCUAUACCUCACCCUCUGAAUACCAACAUUACUUUGGAGCCCUAUCCUGUUGGCUUCAAGAUACCACAACUGGAGACUUAUGACGGGACGAAGGAUCCCGAUGACCACUUGCAUGCUUUCUACUCUUGUAUGCAAGCUCAGAACGCCUUUGACGCGUUGAUGUGCAAGAUCUUCCCCUCUACUCUUCGAGGUAAUGCCCGAACUUGGUAUUACAGUUUACCUCCGAGGUCAAUUAGCUCGUAUAUAAAAAUGGCAUCUGCCUUUGCUACUAAGUUUUCCAGUAGAAGGUUGAUUAGGAAAAUUACUUCUGAGUUGAUGCGGGUUAAACAGAGAGAUGGAGAAUCACUGAAGAACUAUAUGAGCAGGUUUAAUGAUGCAGUUUUAGAGGUCAGUUCCUUUGAUCAGGCUAUGGGGAUUGCUGCUGUGAUCUCCGGUCUUAAGCAUGACAGGUUCAGAGACAGUUUGAUCAAACAUGCUGCCACUACCUUCAGCGAGGUGAACGAUAGGUCUCUCAAGUUCAUAACCGCUGAGGAGUAUGCCCUGGCGCAGAAUCCGACUCCUUCUAAGAACUUGAACCCGGAAUGGAGAGAUGACAAUCCGACCCGGAAAAAGAUGAGAAUGGCGCAAAACCGAGGUUCGAUGUUGACUUCCCCACCGAGAUUCGGAAGGCCAAACUCAACACCCCAGCAACAAUCUGCAGGUAAACCCCCAGUUAACUGGACUCCCUUUAAUCUGCCGAGGUCACAAAUUUUUAUGCAGAUUAAGAAUAAGAUGGAUUUAAGGCGUCCUGGCCCAAUGAAAAUUGCUGCUGCUAGUCAAGACCACACCAGAUAUUGUGAUUUUCAUCAAGAUCACGGUCAUACUACAGAGCAGUGCGACCGCUUAAAGUUCGAACUGGAAAGUUUAGCUCAGAAGGGAAUGCUGAAUGAACAAGGUGUGGGAUAUCAGCAAGCCCCACCUCCGCUCCCACCACCGGCUAGAAUCAUACACAUGAUUACAGGAGGCCUUGAAGCAGGUGGAUUGAGCUCUAAGCAGCGAAAGCUGUAUGUCAGAGAAGUUAAGCAUCAAAACCGAGCUCAGAAGCGGAAGAUUGACGAUGCUGAAUGGAAGAAUCAACCCGUUACUUUUACAUCUGCUGACCUCGACACAGUUGUUACACCCCACAAUGAUCCCCUGGUCACUUCUGUCAUGAUCAAUAACUGUGAAGUACAGCGUGUCCUUAUUGACACCGGGAGUGCACCAGACAUCAUGUAUUUCCACUGUUUCGAGAGUCUUGGACUAGACCCAGCAUUGUUGCAGAAGUAUGAUGGUCCUAUCUAUGGUUUCAACAACCAACCUGUUCCGGUAGAAGGAGUUCUUACCCUACAUGUGGCUUUUGGGAGUGGUCGGACCUAUGUAGCCCCUUCAGUCCGGUUCCUUGUCGUCAAGAUGGCCUCUUCUUUCAACAUUGUUAUUGGCCGACCCACACUGACCGAAAUCCGAGCUGUGGUUUCCCAAUCUCAUCUUUGCAUGAAGUUCCCCACUCCUAUGGGAAUAGCAACACUGCGAGGAAAUCAGGAGGUGGCCAGACACUGUUACAUCACCUCGGUAACACAACCAACGAAGGGCAAAGAUAAGACACCCGAGGUUAUUCCCCAGCGAAUUCCCGAUAAUCAGCAGGUUAUGGGUGUUGAGAUCGUAGAUAAUCGACCGGAAGAUGAAACCAGAGCUGCUCCGGUCGAAGAUGUUGAAGAAGGGCUCGUUGAUGACAGAGAUCCGAGCCGAAAGACGCAGAUCGGGACUAGAUUGAACCCGAAGGAGAGAGCAGAACUGAUAGCUUUUCUCCGAACUAACAAUGAUGUAUUUGCAUGGACUUCUGCAGAUAUGCCAGGAAUUCCAACUUCAGUAUGUCAACAUAAGCUCAGUACCAACCCAUUGAAGAAACUAGUGGCCCAGAAGCGGCGCCUCUUCGGGGGGGAGAGGCUUCAGGCUAUUAAAGAAGAGGUAGAGAAACUCCUACAAGUUGGUUUUGUUCGGAAAGUUGAUUACUGUGAAUGGGUGGCUAACCCAGUCUUGGUGAAGAAGGCAAACGGUAAAUGGCGCAUAUGUAUCGAUUAUACAAAUCUUAACAACGCCUGCCCUAAGGAUUGCUAUCCGAUGCCGAGCAUUGACAAAUUAGUUGAAGCUGCUUCAGGCAAUGAGAGGUUAAGCCUCUUGGAUGCAUAUUCUGGGUAUCACCAGGUGCCGAUGGCUCCCGAAGACGAAGAGAAGACCUCAUUCUAUGCUGGCGAUGAAAUUUAUUGUUAUGUCAUGAUGCCGUUCGGCUUAAAGAAUGCAGGUGCUACUUACCAGAAAAUGGUGACCAUAGUCUUCCGAGCUCAGAUCUGCAAGAAUCUGGAGGUGUAUGUGGAUGACAUUGUGGUAAAGAGUCUGAAAGCAGAAAACUAUCUAGCCGACCUCGAUGAAACCUUUAACAACCUCAGGAAGAACCGGAUGCGGUUAAACCCAGCCAAGUGCAUUUUUGGAGUAGAGUCUGGGAAGUUUCUAGGCUUCAUGGUGUCCCAAAGAGGGAUUGAGGUCAACCCAGAGAAGAUUAGAGCAAUUGCCGAGAUGGAACCGCCGAAGUCAGUAAAAGAUAUACAGAGGUUGACUGGAAGGGUGGCAGCUCUGCAUCGAUUUAUCUCCAGAUCAGCAGAUAAGUGCUUGCCAUUCUUCAAAAUUAUGAGGACAGCCGCUCAGAAGGAUGAAUCAGGAAAACAGAAGAAAUUUGAAUGGACUCAAGAAUGCCAAACUGCAUUCGAUGAGCUAAAGUCUUAUCUUAGCUCGCCACCUCUACUGACUAAGGCUAUAGAUGGGGAGAUUCUUUAUCUGUAUCUGGGAAUUUCAGACGAAGCCCUUAGUUCAGUUCUAGUGAGAGAGGAAGCCAAGCAGCAGAAACCAAUCUAUUAUAUCAGCAGUGUACUGCACAGAGCAGAGCUGAGGUAUCCUAUAGCUGAGAAAGCAGCUUUAGCAGUUGUCACUUCGGCCAGGAAGUUGAGGCCAUAUUUCCAGUCACACCCAAUUAUCGUUCUCACAGAUCAACCUCUCCGGCAGAUUCUGCAGAAACUAGAGUGCUCUGGAAGAUUAAUUAAGUGGGCAGUAGAACUGGGGGAGUUUGAGAUCACGUUUCAGCAGAGAUCGGCCAUCCGAGCUCAAGCAUUAGCAGAUUUUAUUGUUGAGUGCACUCCAUGUCCUUCAACCUCUAAUCCAGAACCCAACGACUGGACUUUAUAUGUUGAUGGAGCAUCUAAUAGCAAGGGUUCAGGGGCUGAUGCUCUCUUGAUCGGUCCAGAGGGAUACCGAAGUGAACAUGCCCUGAAAUUCAACUUUGAUGCGACAAAUAACAUGGCCGAGUAUGAAGCUCUGCUACUUGUCGUUGAUCCUAUGAUGGUGAAGUAUGUAGCCUUGGUGGCCGAGCUGAAGUGCAAAUUCCAGAACUUCUGUCUGAGUAAAAUCCCCCGAGCUGAGAAUGAACAGGCAGAUUCACUAUCUAAAUUUGCCUCUGACAGCUCUCUAAGCUCCAGGUCCGUUUUUGUAGAGGUCUUAGAUGAACCAAGCUUCAUGAAGCCUCGGGUGAUGGAGAUUAGCACAAACCCUGAUGCGCCGAGCUGGACCGAUUCAAUUGUCUCCUUCUUAAGAGAUGGGAUAGUACCUGAGGACAGGCAGGAGGCAAUGAAAUUGAGGAAGAAAGCAUCUCGGUAUACACUUGUUGAUGGAGUUCUGUAUAAGAGAUCUUUCUCACUUCCUCUUCUACGGUGUUUAAACCCCUAUGAAGCUGAAUACGCACUUCGAGAGGUGCAUGAGGGUGUCUGUGGGAGCCAUGUCGGUGCUAGAACUCUGGCUCACAAAGUCUUAAGGCAAGGAUACUAUUGGCCAAACAUACACAAAGAUGCCACUUACUUUGUUCAAAAAUGCCCGAAAUGUCAAUUCUUCGCACAUCUGACUCAUCAACCAACAGAAGAACUCACGAACAUAGUAGCUCCGUGGCCAUUUGCCGUGGCCGAAGUGCCACAUUUUGGUGCCUAUAUUCUCCAAGACGCUGAAGGAAAGAGAGUUCCUAGAGUCUGGAAUGUGAAUAACUUGAAGAAAUUUUACCCCUAAUAAAACUCCUUCAAGUGCUCUAUGUCUUACUGUUCAGGUUCUCACUUCGUGUUUAUGGAGAUUUAUUUUACCUCUUAUUCACUUCUGUUAAUAAAUGUCACUUCACAUU